AUGUCCGACGUCUGCAAAGAUUUGCUACGUUUGUUGGAUAGUGAAAAGCAUUAUGACGUGCUUCUUUCCGUAGGUGAAGACGGAGAGGCCAAAGAGUUUAAAGCACAUUCGCUCAUUCUAUGUGCACGUUCACAUUAUUUUGCUGCUGCUUUCGGUGAAAAAUGGGCAACGAAAGAAGACGACAAGUAUGUUCUCAACAAACCAAAUGUGACUCCUGCCACUAUGGAUUUCAUUCUGAGAUAUUUGUACAGUGGCGUGGCCGAUUUGGCCUCGCAACGUACAUCAGUUGUUUUUGAUAUAUUGUUGGCUACGGACGAAUUGGAACUACUGGAUCUCCUAAAUGAUAUACAGAAGUAUAUUAUAGAGAAGAAAGAUGAAUUCUUAAGCGAAAAUCCAGUUAAAAUCCUUAAAAGAAUCUGGCUCCACGAAGCUUUUAUUCCCUUACGUAAUAUUUGUAUCGACAUCAUAUGUAAGCAGCCCAGUAUUCUGUUUGAUGGUGAUGAUUUUUUUGAAGUACCAGAGUCCAUCUUGGAGCAUUUUCUUCAGAGAGAUGACUUGAUCUUGCCAGAGAUAUAUAUCUGGCGCAGGCUUCUAGAAUGGGGCGUAGCACAAAAUCACGCCUUAACUUCGGUGAAUAAUUCCAGUAACUGGACGAAGGAUGAUUUCGUAAGCCUGGAAAAAACGUUGCAUCAAUGCCUUCGUCAUGUUAGGUAUCAUUCUUUUCAACCACAAGAAUUUUGUGAGAGCGUCAUGCCGUACAAAAAAUUGAUACCUAAAGAUAUUAGAGGCGAUAUUAUUCGUUAUUAUAUGGCCCCAGAUAACAAAUCGCCUCAGUGGAAGCCGGCUCGAGCGGGCACGAAAUUUUUCAAUACAAAAAUCGACUCUCUCAUCAUGAAAGAUUUGCAGAUUGACCUAAUUUCCUUGUGGAUCGACACAAAUAAAUAUUUUGCGCAUAAGAGACUUCGAUACGAGUUGUUACUUCGAGGUACAAGGGAUGGCUUCAGUAGUUCCAUAUUCCAUAAUCUCUGUGAUAAUAAGGGGCCGACGCUGAUUGUCUGUAAGCCUAGCUCGGGUAACGCAGUCAUCGGAGGUUACAAUCCUCUAAAUUGGACUUCCAACAGCGGAUCAUACGGAAACACUGACAGAAGUUUCUUGUUUCAUAUCAAAGAUAUUAAUGACCUCAACUCCGCACUGAUCUCUCGUGUCGUUAACAACGUAUACGCUGUGUAUUAUCAUACUUCAUAUGGUCCAUGUUUCGGUAGUGCAACAGACUUGGUUGCAAACAAUACUAAUUGGUCAUCAAACCCUAGCCAUUACCCCAGUACAGGAAUGCCGAGUAGUUUCACUAUCCAAGAAUAUGAAGUUUUUAAAGUGAUUGUUAUCUAA